UGAGACGCUCUUGGCGGCUGUCUCUCUCGGUCCGUUGGUCCAUCCCGGUUCCCAUUGUCUCCCGUUUUCACUCCUUGAAGGCAACACCGAGACUACACACUAAACUCAGCCGUUUUCCCUCUCACACCACCCCGGGUACGUUACGUUUGGACACUUACCUCGACCUGUAUCCUCACCCUGUCCAUGCGAAAUGUGGACACGCUUUUCUGUCUUUUUAACGCUGUAGAGAUGUAUUCGCUGUUACGGAGGAGGCAGUGAUUUACCCGACCAGCAGCUGACCAAACCGGGGGUUGUUGUGGAGCUGCAGGGGAGAUGCUCCGGAGGACUUGUUAGCCAACAGAGACGCCGAAAAAAAGCUUCCACUGUCUGGAGACAUAUCACAACAUAAUAGCAACCCCGUUUUGAGUGGAUAAAACACAGAAUUCAGACACAAAAAAUACAAAAUCUUGGAUUACAACCGCGGUUUUGGAGAUAAAAAGAACCACGUGUUUUUGAACGGUGUUAAUGCGAGGAUGUUGCCGCGACAAGCCCGGUACUUCCCCUGAGAGGAGCUGCUCCAUGAGAGGAGGCAGGGACCACUUUCACUUUUUUUCUCCACCCUGAAACAAAUUAGCCUGUUUCAAUGAUCCAACACCGAGUGGCGCCUAAUCGGAUUAUCAAACAAAAGAGCAUUUAAUUUGGGCAAUACAUCCAUUUAAUCUUACCAUCUCCCCCUGAUUUGUCACUGUUUGUGCAAGUGGCUAUUUACUGUACGGUGCCAUGCUAAUCCUGUGACAGGGAUGCGACUACUCGACGUGAUUGUACACUUUCUAGUCCAGUAGAGGAGAGUCACAGUUACCCCUUUUUCAUUGAUCAAGAUAGUUUUGAUUGUGUCAAGAUCACACAUGAUCAGAAAUCUGACUUGAUUCCAAACCAGUCAGUCAAAAAUACAUCACACAAUCUGACUAUCAAACUGCCUACAGUUGCAGAGGGUUGGAUAGGCUCUUCCUAUAUAAUUGGCUCCAUGGACACAUCAAGAACAAUUUGUGGACUUGAUUCAUCCCCAAGGCCCACCUUUCCAUCAUUUUGAUCCCUGACCCAAUGUGUGUUGGAAAUCCAAAGAACCACGUUUCAAUCUGUUUAAGUGUCAGUAACCCAGCCAUUUGGAUGAAGUAGUAGCCUUUUAUUCCCCUGAGCUCCAGUGAGUACAGGGGCUGCACUCUGUUCGCUGAGGCCGAGCUGCCAGAGCCUCUACCUGGGCGGCCAGCCAGCCAGACAGGCCCUCCGAGGGCUUUUUGGAUUUUGAAGGUCCAGCUGGAGGAUUUGGGAGUUUUACCCAGAGUUUCUGCUCCACCUGGAUCACCGGGGAGAGAGGAAGGAGGACACCAUGGGGUGCUGUAGUGGCAGGUGCACCUUGGCCUUCAUCUGUGGCAUGCAGCUGGUGAGUGUGUUGGAGCGUCAGGUGAUCGACUUCCUGGGCUACCAGUGGGCUCCCAUCCUGACCAACUUCCUCCACAUCAUCAUCGUCAUCCUGGGUCUGUUUGGCACAAUCCAGUUCAGGCCGAGAUAUGUCACCGGGUAUGCCGCCUGGCUGGUGGUGUGGAUGACCUGGAAUGUUUUCAUCAUCUGUUUCUACCUGGAGGUUGGAGAUCUGUCCAGAGACUCUGACCUUGUCCUGACGUUCAACCUGUCCAUGCAUCGCUCCUGGUGGAUGGAGAACGGCCCGGGGUGCAGGGUGACACCCAUCACCCCUCCUCCCUCCUGGGCACCCGAAGACCACCGAUAUAUAUCUAUAUCCGGCUGUCUGAUGGGUUUCCAGUUCAUAGAGGUGGCUCACUCCUCGCUGCAGAUACUCCUGGCUUUGAUGGGGUUUAUCUACGCCUGCUAUGUGGUCAAGCUCAUUUCGGAGGAAGAGGAUAGCUUUGAUUUUAUAGGAGGGUUCGACUCGUACGGCUACCAGGGCCCUCAGAAGACCUCCCACCUUCAGCUACAGCCCAUGUACAUGUCAAAGUAAACCUAGGAGCGUUGCCUUACCAACCACCGCUGCUCAACUUUUACCACAGGAUACAGAGGACACUAAGAUAUUCUGCUUCACCUCCAACCCCCCCUUCCAGUACUUGGUCACAUUGCUUCCCUGGUCUGUCUUUCUGCUGUUUUUUAAUGGAGUUAGUUCUGUUUCGUGAUGAAACACUGGCCUCGUGUGGUUGAACACUGUAACUGUGUGAAACACCAGUACAAGCAGCUCCGGUGCAUUUUCUUCUUGAAGGAAACAUCAGGAACCAAUGCCUUGCUUCCCUUUGUGAUUUUGAGUAUCUGCAUUGUGAAAGAAACCAAAAGGAUGUAAAGACCAGGAAUCCAAGAUGUUCACACUUUUUCUUCAAGCUGCUGCAGACAAUGCAGAUAUGCCACAUCCUCACGUAAACAGAAGAGCCUGUUAAACCAUCUCUGGAAGGUUUUGCUCUUUGUGCCUGACACAUCAGACACUGGACUUCCAACCAUACUGACCCUGCAUCUACUAACAAGACGACCGAUAUAGGAAUGUCAGAAAUAUUUUCUACAGUUUCUGAUUGGUGCAAGUUUUGAGCUUGUUACAACUCCAGACUCAAGCUCGAGCACACACCACACGUUUUCAUCUGUCUGCGACAGUUAGAUUUACAUACUUUCAUUCAAUAUGUGCAUGUGUAUAAAAAACACACAGGCAUUAACUGAUGCAUAUGUGAAUUCACACAUGUAUGCACACACACACACACACACACACACACACACACACACACACACACACACACACACACACACACACACACACAAACUAAACAGAUGUGUUAACGUUUUUACUGCUAAUAUGAAUCUUAAAAAUGUUUACAAUAGUAAUUCGGUCUGCCGGACAGAGAGACUGACAUACAGGAGACUUUUAAGGUCUAGCAUCUCAAAGGCCACGGGGUGUUUUCUGCCACAUUAAACAGACAGAACAGAUGUUCCACAUGUGUCUUCCGGUCUCUUGCUGUCUAAAUACUUUGUCUUCCAUCCAAGACAGACCGGUAGAGGUAUAUAAAGACAGAACAUGACAAAGAAAACAACCAGAGGAGAGGGAUUGAGGUCAGGCAACAGUUUCCUUUCCACUUCAGUCCUUUUGUAGCUUCCCUUGUCACUCGCCCGUCGUUAAAGCAGGCAAGUUUUUCCCUGCAGUAUUUCUGAAUAAUAUUUUUUUAAAAGCUGUCGGUCAGAUCAAGUGUCCAAUCUGCCAAAUCUGAAGCAUCCAGCUCAUCUGAAUAACAGAAAUAGUUCACACUCUUCCACAGGCAUACAUCAUGAGAAAAACAAACACAACAGAAAUGACAAUCACAGUUAAAGUGACCUGAAUUUGAUCAUUGAUUGGCAUUUUUUUGUACCAUAACAAAUGUGACAUGAAGCUGAAAAAUGGCCAUCAUUGCAUCUAAGUUAGUAAGUUAAUGUUUUGAUUUAUUUGUUGCAUAUUCGAACCACUAGAGGAUGAGAUUGGUGAAAAAAAAGGAGAAACUAAAUGACUGAGGCUGAAUCUGCGCUGACACUGCAAACGUUCGCCCUCGCCUGCAGACUAACAAGGACAAAGACGGUACCAGAGAGAUUCCAGAGUCACAGCAGCUCCCUCUCUUCACCUCACCACUCAAAUGUUAAUGUUGAAAGUGCCAACCACAUCACCACAUGGACAUCCGUGGAGCCUAGUUUCUGAAAUCUACAGACUGGGAACAAAAAUAAUGGGUCUACGGUUCAGUUUUCUUGGGUUUCCAUGUAAGAAAAAUAGAUAGAAUACAGCAAGGAUAUAAAAAAGCAAAAGAAAACACAUUUGCAUUCAUUGCUGCCAGCAGAUUUUUUAUUUUAUUCUGCUCAGAAAAUUCAACUGAUUCCUUCUGGAAACGUAACUUAUCAUGUUGUAUUUGUGUUGCAAUCACUGGACCAAAAGUUUGAGGCCUUCUCCGUCAACCAAGGAACAUUUCUGUGUGGUAACACAGGCAUGACGAUGGACUAUUCCCCUCUACAAGCUACAAAGUCCACCCCCCUCUGCCAGAUAUCUUCAGCCGUUCUUGUUUUGUAACAAAACUCUGUGGGUACGUUCAGAGUCGCUGCCCCAUGAGGCUCCACCGAGAGUCACUCCGGAGGACAGAAACAACGUUUUGUGUGUUUGCAUGAGGUGUUUCCAAACUGUUGCGUAUUUAAUCUCAUGCUGCGUGUGACUAACUAGCUACUUAAGAUGGGAACUGUUUGGUUUGUUGAAUGCUCCUCAACUCUCUUCAAAGAGUCCUAAAUGUGAACUUUGUGAUUUUUCUAUAAAUAACAGUCUGAAAUGUCUGCUGAGUAAAGGAGAUAAAAUAGCUACAACGUAAAACGACGAAAUGUAACUUUGAACUUCUAGACGUUUUUUAAUCACAUGUGGCCGUGUUUACUGUUUUUUCUAGUUGACUACUAAUGUAUGAUGUUGUGUACAAGUGGGAUUACUGUGUUUUAUUUCUUCUAAUUGUACAGUGUAUUUUGAAAUGAGAGAGUAAGAGGAGAAUGGAAGGAAAGGGAAUUCCUGUAGUUGCACUAUAGUCUGUAAUUCUUUUAUUCACAUUUCUGUCAGGGCAGGAAAUUCACUUUCACUUCACCGGAUAAUUAGCGUUACAAUUUUAAUUUAGAUUUGAAUUGUCAACCAACACCAAUGAUUUCUAUUUCAUAAAUGAGAACUGCAGAUGAAGUGUCUUGUUGAAAAAUUCAAAUCAGGAACUAAAGCUGUGAAUAUUAUUAGAAGCAUAAUUGAAAAAGAUAGUCGUUGGUGUAAUUAGCUAAUUUGAACUGAAUGUGAAUUUAUUUGUUAAUUUGUGUUUAAUGGAGACGAUUAAUUCAAUUUCACCUGGUAUUGUGGAACCAAUAUUAACGCCAAUCUGGCAGGAAAUAGAGAAGAUUUCGGAUAUAUAAUGUAACCCAAAUGUAUGUGUAUGUAUGUGUGUGUGCUUGGGUGUGCGUUUGAGACCUUGUACUGCAGUUCAUUGUACUUUUAUGUCAUGGUGAACUGAACAACGCUUAACCCAGAACCUGCAAAGCUGCAACCUCGUCACAAACAAAAAAGGAAAUAGAACUCAUCAAGUGUCGUAAAAACAGCAAUAACAACCGUAAUAAUAUAUUUUAAAGUAAUAAUGAAGACAGAAUCUCAACAGUUUGUUAUUUAUCUUCACGAUUACAUUUAGACUUUGAAACAGUCAAUAGAGCUUUUUCUCUGCAGAUCUAAGAUUGCACAUCUGUAUAUAAAGUGUUAAACAUUUGCAGAAGAAGCUCGAGGCAAGCCGUUAUUUUGUUAAAUGUUGUUGUUGCAAAGUUCUAAAUCUGUACUAAUAGUUCAAAAUCUCUCCUUAAGUAUAACUACUCUAUUUUAAGCCUACAAAUUCUGGCAAUUAUUCAUUAUUACUGAAAUAAAUAAUAAUUGUAUGUAUAAUAACAAAUUAUUUGAUAAAUAUUUGCGUAUUUAAUAAAUGCAAAGCCCAUCAAACUUUCAAAUGAUAAAUAUUUUAAUAAAAUCUUAAAUAUUUAUGACUUAAUUCGCAACAAUCAAAAGUUAAGGUUGAUAACACAUAUUUAGGUUUUAUUUAUUAAGAGAAAACCAUUUAUAAUCUUAGAUAAUGUUUUUCCUCAGGCAGAUUUAAUUGUCAGUGUCCAACUAUCAUCAUGUUUGGAUUCAAAUGUAGCUUAAUUCACAAUAUAAUUAAGAAAAUAGGUGUUCUGGGUCUUAAAAUAUUACGUUUGGUGCUUGCAUACUUUGUUUGAUAAGAAAAUGCAGCUGUUAAAGGGACACAAAAUUAUAAUUGGAAUGUCAUGCAAAAGAAAACUGCAUAGGACCCAUUACAGAACCUUGAGGUACUUCCCAGCUUAAUUUAGCUUCUAAAUACAGUUAUUAGACAACUUCUCAUCUUAAAGAGUAAACAUUUGUCCUACAAAUUGUUUAAUACUCUGAAAAUGUAUUGCCCUAUAUUUUAUUUUUUAACGCACCAGAAACAAGCAUGUUAUAGGAGUAUUUAGAAAGUGCAAUAACACAUAUUCAUAAUACCUUCGACAACUAUUCACAAUGUCAGUGUGUCAUCAAUGCAGGAACAUGCCAGUAAAGUGGCAUUAUCCAAACUAUGUGCUCUGGGUUGACUUGGUAAUGUUCACCAUUGACUAGAACAUCUAUGUGGGUGUCUUCUCUUUUUAUGAUGGUUUUCCCACAGGUGACUGACUGUACAUAAACUAGACAGUUGGGAAUAAAGUAGACAGUGGAGAAGGAAAGUUUA